AUGGCAGCAUAUUCCAACCUCUUCCAUCUCACUCUUCUUGCUUUGUUGACGACCAUGCCACUAUUCAGGGCCACCACUAGUGCUCGUUCUUUAAACUAUAACCUAAUUGGAUCCAAUGCGAACCUCGAAGCUAGGUUGAAUUUGGAUGAAGAAUCAUCGAACUGUUGGGACUCUUUGUUUUAG